UCUCUCUUAUCUUUCCCUCCCUCCCCACACACACACUCUCUCUCUUGUACACAGAGUAGUUGCGUAUAACAGCGAAGGGAUCGGGCCCUCCAAUGGAGGAUCGGACGGUGGCGGCACCUUCCUCGGGGCCUUCGUCUCCGGGGGUCUACCCCGUCGCCCUCUCCGACGCCAUGGACGAGCUCCUCCGCUUCACCCUCUCCCUCUCCUUCUCCUCCUCCUCCCCCGACGCCGACGAAGACGAAGACGACGACGCCUCCAUUCCCGGUCUCUCCGUGGACUACUGCUCCCGCCUCCUCCAAGACGAUCCCAUCACCGUCCAUCCCCAUCUCAACGACGCCGAAAUUGUUUAUGGAGGAGUCCCACAAUAUCCCCUAUACAAGCAUUUAGCGAGAGCUAUAGAACGGUGCAUAUAUUCUGGGUCUUUCCUGAGACCAGUGAAAUCAGAGGUGGCUUUUCCAGUAGAGCCCUCUAAGAUGAAGGAGGACAAGUGGGAUAAGCUGAUUUUGGAUAAAGGAGCGAAAUUGUUGAAUAUGUUUAACUCCGUCGACUUUGAACUCCAUGUUCAAGAACCAUAUUUCUCACAACUUAGAGCUGGCCUCAAGAGAGUCGAAGGGAGGUGUGCUGUUGGUAACUAUAAUAGAAUCGCAGAAGGGUCUUUGUUGCUCUUCAACAAAUGCCUCUUGCUUGAAGUCGAGCGAGUUACACACUACAAUUCAUUCUAUGAGAUGCUACAAGCCGAGACUCUUACAAAAGUGCUACCUGGGGUAGUUACAGUCGAAGAAGGUUGUAUAUGUGUUCAAAUUUACAGGAAGUUCUACACAGAAGAGAAGGAAAGGUCCAGUGGUGUCUUAGCAAUUUCUGUUACAAAGCCAGCUUCUCAACCUUAUAUCUAUAUGAAAGAGUUGCUCUCUAGGCUGGGUUAUGAUGGUGUAAGCAGCCUCCUGGGGAUGGCACAUACUGUUGGAACAGUUCCAGAUGGACUACCUCCUCCAAGAUCGAUACUGAUAGCAUCGUCUAUGAGAUCUCAUCGCCCAGAUGUCAAAGGUUGCUCCUUAACUGAUGCUGCGAGGGCAUUGGCAAAACAUGUUAACAGGAGUAGCAAUGGAUGGUGGGGUGACUUCCGGGGAACUGAGGCGAACAAGAACCAAUUAGCAUCGGAAGUUGUUAAUCGUUUGUUAGCUGAUUGCUGUUGGAUGAACGUCCAUUUGAUUCAUUCCAAUGAUUGUGUCUUUGAGAUCCGGGUCCGUGAAGGCUAUGGCGCACGUUGGUCUAAAGAUGGUUCCAAGGUAUGUAACCAGCUGAAUAGUAGAACUAUACUUUUCUUUUUGGCUUUAAUUUGCCAAACAAAACUCACAGAUGUAGUUCGAAGCAAUUCGUCAUGUGCUAGCAAAUUCAAUGGCGUAAAUCUUGUGGUGAAAAAAAAAAAAGAAAAGAAAAAACUUAAAUUGUAGUCAAAGUGGGCCUAAGGGUCACACCUGUCACACCUGAUUAGAUUCCAGAGCUUUUAACUCUUUAGUGAGGUUACUCAUCGAAAGUUUUGUAUUUUCAUUUGAAAACUUGUUGCGUUUUUUUUUUCCCCCUAUUGAACUCUUUUCUGUUUUGUGUGCAGUUCAUUGGAUUUUUGGAACCAUAUACUGCAGAUGGAUUUUCGACGGGGUGGAAACAUUAGAGACUCAACUUUAAGUUGUUCUCUUUGUUGAUAUUGUUCACUGUAUGUAUUUCGUUUUGUGAGGAUAAAGAAAGAGAGCGAGGUGUUUGGUUGCAAACAACAUUGUACUGUUAAACAACAUUGUACUGUAUGACCUCAGUUUUGGUAUUAUUUAUAUGUACUUCUUUAUCUCUUAGCAA